AUGUGGUUAACAGACAGUCAGAAAGUCGGUGUCGCUAUGACUGCCUUUGGCGCGGGCUUCUUCUUCCUUGGAAUCAUGAUGUUCUUCGACGGAGGACUCUUGGCAAUCGGCAACCUCUUGUUCCUCGCCGGUAUUACGCUCGUUAUUGGAUGGCAAAAGACGAUUGCGUUCUUCGCACGGAAGGAGAAAGUUCGUGGUACCGCAUGUUUCCUCGGUGGAAUCUUUAUGGUCUUAAUCAAAUGGCCAAUUACCGGUGUGGCUGUUGAAUUGUUUGGUUUCUUGAACCUGUUUGGAAGUUUCUUUCCGGUCAUUCUCUCAUUCUUGCGGUCGCUGCCGGUCAUCGGUCCCGUUGUUAGACAUCCCGCGAUCGCUCCUACGUUGAACUGGGUUGUAGGAGCAACUUCUGCAUUGCCGGUGUAA